UGGUAUGUCAAAUGACAAUAAAAAAUAAAAAAGCCCAAGUCAACUGUGUUUGGUUUCGUUUACUUUUGUGAAUUAAGCCAUUAAUUUUUAUCUAAACAAUUAGCUUUACAUUUAAAAAUAACCAACAUGUCUUCAGUUUGUUGUGGAACCAAAAAGCAGAAGCUGAAUAACUCGUACAGUAAUAGUAUAGAACGACCUUUGAAUGGUUACCAAGAGUCUGUAGCUAUUCCUGAUAUGUGUUACUUUUGUUUCGAUGUUUUGUAUUGUCAGCUGCAUAGCAUGGACCCUCCACAAACACCAAACUUUACCAAUGAAGCUUAUCCUUUGUUUGUAACAUGGAAGAUCGGCAAGGAACACCGUCUCAGAGGGUGUAUUGGCACCUUCAAUGCCAUGCAUUUGCAUUCAGGCCUCCGUGAAUACGCUAUCACCAGCGCUCUUAAGGACUCGCGGUUCAUGCCGAUCACCCGCGAGGAGGUGCCGCGGCUGACGGUCUCGGUCUCCAUUCUGCAGCACUUCGAGGAGGCCGAGCAUUACCUGGAUUGGAAGCUGGGCAAGCACGGCAUCCGCAUCGAGUUCCUCAGCGAGCGCGGGUCGAAGCGGACCGCGACGUACUUACCUCAAGUUGCCACUGAGCAAGGAUGGGACCAAAUCCAAACGAUCGACUCGCUCCUGCGGAAGGGCGGGUACAAGGCGGCGAUCACGGCCGACAUGCGGCGCAGCAUCAAGCUGACGCGCUACCAGUCGGAGGAGGUGUCGGCGACGUACCACGAGUACGCUUCACAGCGCUGCUAGCGGCCCGCGCCGCCGCCGCUUGGCCGGCCCUGCCUAGCCUCUAAGCGACCCGCCGGCGAGCCCGCGCCGGCCGGUGUACAUAACGGGAGCGUAGCAAGUACAAUCGACGGUCAAAAUUUUGCUCAAAGUGAUGAGACCUCGCGCUCGAUCUUCGUCGACGUAGACCACCACUGCCAACUACAUUCCUUAGAGGAUACCGAGGUGCCAUCGUUUAUACAAUGAAUACUGUGCUUAUGAUUAAAUACGUACGAUCGAUCCGCGAUUGUGUGACUGUCUCAAACUGAUGUUCAAUUAUGAAGAUUUUCGCGACGGUUUAGCGCUUGGAUCAGAGUUUUGACCGGGACAUCUUAACACUUUUUUUAAGUUUAAAUAAUUGUAGUUGUUCUUGUCAGGUGAAGGAUGUGUAUAUUGACGUUAUGAUAUGGAUGUAAAUACCCUUCGGUAUUGCCCCACACGAUCGAUAUGUUAUUAUUAACAUAAAAGGCGAUAACGCGACUGAAGCUUCAAGAAUAAAAUGCUUGUCUGAACAACGCAACAAUAUUUAAAAAUAAAUAUUGUGGUUUCGUUACGUAGCCGAUUAGACUUCAAGAGGCUUCAUCAUCUCGAAAAUCAUUGCAAUAAAUAAUAUCAAGAAUUGGGAACGCACCAGUUAGUAUAGGUACUUACAAGAAUAAAUAGGGUAGUGUACUCGAGGUGUUCCCAUUCUUAUUUAAUUAAGGAAUACAUUAUAACAGCAGAGUUUAAUUCACUUGAGUUAUAAAAUGAAAAUUCUAAAAAAAAUAAAAUAAUGGUUGAAACAAUACAAAAAAAGGUACUUUAAGAAUAUUUGUUAUCGUAAAAGAUAAGUGUGGUCCGUAUUAGUUAUUACUUUUAAUUAUAAUUAUGGUUGUUGUUAAUAAGGCUGUUGGUUGACUUUGCGAAAUUUCUUUAAAAUUGAAGAUACAGCACCAGGUUUAAUCGACUUUGAUCUGUUUUAUAUCAAUUUACUUUAGGGAGUAUUAUAAUUAUGGGCCUUUAAUUGUACAGAUCCAUUGGGUGUAGAUUUAGCUUCAAUAAUCGGGGAUUUCCCUACUAAUCUUACUGCAUCACAAAGUAAACUUCUAGUGGGCUGUAAGUAAAUGAAGAGUUUCAAACACAUAUCUUACUUUCAGAAACAUAAAUAAUUCGAUCCAAAUUAUUAAGUUUUGAAACAUACCCUUUUUGCUACAUUCUCACUAUUAGUUACGUGUGUGAUAGCAGCGUUUUCGAAGCAAGACUUAAUUCUAAUUCUAGUUUUAGCCAGCUAGAUUACGAAGAACAUUAAUUUGGAAAGUGUUUCAAACUGACGCUUCGUUGGUAUGCGAAACGGCACUAAGUUGUUGAUGUAGUGACUUGAGAAUAUUCAUAUAUUUGCCACUGCGACAUAUACAGGCAAAGAGGUCUAUCCCUCAGCUCAAACUUGAUGCGUCAUUAAGAUUUGUUGGAUUUUAUGACAAGGCAAUUAGAUUCAAAAUAACGUAGUAAGGUAUAUCUGUACUAUAUCGCCCACUACCUGUUAUUCGGAGUCGGAUGACGUUAUUUUGAUUCUUAUUGCCUUGUUUUAAGAUCCAAAAAUGAUGAAAAAUAUGACUUCCUGAUAAAUUCUAGAUGGACUCUUAUGAUUUUUCUGUAAAAUUGGAUACACGUCGUGUCUUAUUUAAGCCUUAUUUAGAGUAGGCGAACACCGUUGAUUUUUAGUUCGCCGAUAGUUGUGUCCGAUUUUAAAUUGUAUGAAGAAUCGGCCAAAUCGAAUCGGCGUAGUGUGCGCACUCCCAUACAUGCCCAUACUGAUCAACUGCCCGACUAAACUAUCGGCCGAUAAAAAAUCAACGGUGUGCGCCUAUUCUUAAGCAUACAAGAUUAAUAUGAAAAUGUAAAUAUUCUCAAGUCUAGCAUAGGGCACGUUUAUCUUCCAUCGCUAGGCACUUGAGUGGUUGUACUUUACAAUGUUCCUUAGGAUAAGAAUCUGUUUUAUUGUUGCCGGUUUCUCUUACAAGUGCAAUUGUCUAUUUAGACUUAAACCGAGCCUAGUUUUGAGGCGACUCGAAACUUCCAUAGUCGACAUAAAAUUAAUUAUGUAUAGUUUAAUAAUUAAUAUAGAGUUAACAAUCUGAUCAUUAGAUAUUAUAAGGUGCAAAAGGUAGUCGAAAAUCACGGGCCUUCGAAGGGACAUGGACCCAAUUGUAUGUAACCUCAUGUUUGAUGUCUGAAGAACUAUUUUUGUAUGGAAAAAUUGGUCUUUUAAUGCUAUUUGCGAUUAUGUUUCGUAUAAGAGCAAAUGUUCCCUACCAAAAAUGUGACUUUCAACUGCAUAUAAGUUGGGACAAGCAUGGGGGUAAUUCCGAGAUGUUCAUAAUUUCUUUUACUUUAAUUUAAAACAAGCAUAAGUCAGUCAAAAACAGUUAACUUCAGAUUUUGUAUUUUAUUUGUAUUACAGAGUUUAGGGUUAGAGUUCUAAUGACAAUACCACCAUUGAACUAUCCUGGAGUUGCCCCCAUUGGUUUUUGGUCGAAUUAUCUCAAGGUGCAAGUUAAGAGCAGUUUUGCAUGUGUUCAAAAAUAGAAAGUGUACUUUUCUGGUAACAGUUGUAUGCAUAGUUUGUUGUCCGUUUUUGUAAUUCGUUAUUAUAAUUAACUAACAUAGAUUACUUGAAAAGA